AAGCCAAUUGACCUCGCAGCGAAAGAGAUUGACCGACUGUGCUCCGGCAUCCCCUCAACAGAUUGACUUCCAGGCUUUAGCUCCCCAUACUUGAAUUUCUCGUCCUUCCGGAACACGCGCCAAGAUGGUUCUGCACAAUCCCAACAACUGGCACUGGGUGAAUAAGGACGCCUCGCCGUGGGCGCGGCAGUGGUUUGAUGACAACCUCACCAAGAUUGAGGCGAGGGAGGGGGAUGUGACGGCUAAAAUCACCAAGGUCGUCAGCAUGGAUGGAGACGUCGACGUGGCACAGCGCAAGGGCAAGGUCAUUACCAUUUUUGAUGUCAAGUUAACUCUGGAGUAUACAGGCUCCACGGCUGAGGACGCCGACGUUUCGGGCACCAUCCGAGUCCCGGAGGUCUCGCACGAGCUCUCAGAGGACGAGUUUGUGUUCGACAUUGACAUCUACUCCGACUCGAAGGAAAAGCAGCCGGUCAAGGAUCUGGUGCGCUCAAAGAUCGUGCCCCAGCUGCGAAGCGAGUUCCUUAAGCUGGCCCCCGCCCUGAUUGCCGAACAUGCCAAGGACAUCCAGCACGCGCCUGGGUCGAAUCCGUCGAGCGGCUUCUCCACCCCGAAAUACCAUCCCCCGACUGGCGCUGCGGCGGCCAAACCGGCCGAUGAGAAGCCGAGCACUCAGAUCAACCGCGGCAGUAUCGUCAACACGACCACGGUGAACGACACGGAGGAGUUUCGCACGACGGCGGAAGAGCUUUACAAGACUUUUACCGAUCCCCAGCGGUUAGCCGCAUUCACUCGGGCGCCGCCCAGGGUGUUUGAAGGCGCCAAAAAGGGCGGCAAGUUUGAACUGUUUGGCGGCAACGUCUCGGGCGAGUACCUGGAGCUGGAGGAGCCGACCAAGAUCGUCCAGAGCUGGCGUCUGGACCAGUGGCCUGCCGGCCACUACUCGACGCUGCAGAUCGAGUUUGACCAGAACGACGUCGACUCGGUCACCGUCAUGCGCGUCGAGUGGAAGGGUGUGCCUAUCGGCCAGGAGGAGGUGACCAAGAAUAACUGGCUUGAGUACUAUGUCCGGAGCAUCAAGAGGACCUUUGGCUUCGGCACCAUUCUUUAGAGGACGGCGUUUACGAGGGAGACGGCGUUUGGCGGAACGGGGUAUGGAGGUACGAUCGUCUUGCAUGCAAUGGGAAG